CCACACCGUCAGCGUACACAUGCAUGACAUACAUACAUCCCAUUCGUUUCUCUAUAUAUAUUCCAGCCUCUGCCUCCAUUUAUUCUCUUCAAACCAUUCCAUUCCAAUCUAAGCCGAUACUCAUUAACACUUGAAAAUACUCUCCACAGAUGGGCGAGAAGGAUGCGGGGAAAGGCGAAGGGCAAAAGAAGAAGGCCGACGCCGGCAAGAAGGACGACGGCCCAGUCACAGUUGAGCUGAAGCUCGAUCUGCAUUGCGAAGGCUGCGUCAAGAAAAUCAAGCGCACCGUCCGGAGUAAUCUCCGUGGCGUGAAAGAAGUGAAGGCCGACCUUUCGAGCAGCAAAGUGACGGUGAUCGGGAAGGUUGAUCCGGAGACGGUUAAGGAGAUAGUGGAAUACAAGCUUCAUAAGAAGGUGGAGCUCGUUUCUCCUCAGCCGAAAAAGCCCGCAGCCACCGGCGGCGGCGGCGGCGAUAAGAAGCCGGAGGAGAAAUCGGAUAAAAAAUCAGAAGACAAGAAGUCGGACGAUAAGCCGCCCAAAGAGAGCACGGCGGUUUUUAAGAUUCCAUUACAUUGCGAGGGAUGCGCUCAUAAGAUAAGACGCACAAUACAAAAAUUCAAAGGGGUGACCUCGGCGACAAUAGAUGGGCAAAAGGAUUUGGUCACGGUGACAGGGACCAUGGCCGUGAAGGAUCUGGCGACAUUCUUGAAAGAAAAACUGAAGCGGGGUGUGGAGAUUGUACAGCCGAAGAAAGAGGCCGGCGGAGGCGGAAAAACAGAGAAAGAAGGCGGCGCAGACAAAAAGGACAAGGAAGCUGCCAACGCCGGUGAGAAGAAAGUUGAGGCGAACAAAAUGGAGUACUACGGAUAUUCAGCGAACUCGUAUAACGUCAUGCCAAUAGUCCAUAGCCAAGGUUAUCCGGUGGAUCAUGGUUACGGCAUGCCCAUGUAUCAUAAAGGAUAUGUCGGUCCGAGUUACGAUCAGGGUUAUGGCAGCCAUGGCUAUGCGGUGGCGGGGUCCUCUCAGCCGCCGCCGCCUCCUCCUCCUCCUCCUAUGCCUUACGCCCACGCACCUCAGAUGUUCAGUGAUGAAAAUCCCAAUGCUUGUUCGGUAAUGUAAAAUUGGAUUUGAGGUUGUACAUAAAGUAUCAAACUAAGGCUCCUCCUCUAGGGUACAAGAGAAGAGUGAUAUUUCAUAAUAGAAAUAUUAUUUAGUUUUGUCGAUUAAAUUUGUUGAGUCACUUGUUUAAUUAUAUAUCUACAAUUCAGUUUUGCGUUAUUUUAUGGGCCAUAAUAAAUAAAUAGAUCAUUGGAAUGA